GCCGUCCAGCUUCAGAUAGCAAGCAUGACGGCCGUUCGAUUCCUUGUUUUCUUCCUAGAAGUCCCAUUUGCAGCAGGUGAAUCUCUGUUGCAACCCCUGGCGGUGGAGCAACCAGAUGCCAGCAUGUUUCCCUUGCCCCAACAAGCUCGCCAUCUACCACCCUUUGGCACAGAGGUCCAAGGGGCCAAGGCCACCAACAAGUUCUGGGCCAAUUGGGUGGUGGAAGAAGGGCGAGAACUGUCCAUUCAUCCCAUGCCCUACGUGCUGCGCUACGAAUCUUCCACUGGGGCACCAAACAUGAAGGUCUCCCGCGCCAGCAGUGACGCACGAGUGGUGCAGUAUGGUGAUUCUGAGACCAAUGGUGCCGACAAGAUCAGAUAUUACUUCUCACCCUUCGUGAGUGAGUUUGGCUUGUCAGCAGUGGAGUCAGCCAGCCAAGAAGGGCAAAUCAUUGUCAAAGAGGGCUUGUUCGGAGUUCAUGCGGAGGUUCGUGGACCCAGCGGGACUCAACGCAGAAUCCUCUUCCCCAUCUACAGCGGCAUGACUUAUGUCUCGGGAUUCUACACAGGUUUCACUCCGAAAAUUUCCUCCGACCGAGCUUUGCUUGUGAUUGAGCGUGUGAGCAAUGGAAUUUGGAGGCUCCUCAACAACGGAGGAAAAGAAUUCCGUGUCUAUGCCAUCGAUGCCCUUGGCGCCUUUGCCGAUGCCUCCUUCGAUUUUCACCCCGAUGGCCGGAUGACCAAGGCCUUUGAGGGCUGGAUUCGCUUGGCUGAGGUUCAGGCGCCAGAAGAUCGGGAGAUUCUGGACUUCCAUGCGGCAGCAGUUCUGGUGGAUUGGCAACUGGAGGUUGAACAAGACGGCAUCAUCAAGUACAGUUUCACGAAACAGGCAGCUGUUCCCAAGCAAGUCUUACACUUUGCCUAUGCCCACCACCAGAAGCUCUUGGCGGGCAAUGCGCAGGUGGUGACAGAACUCACCCCAUUGGCUCCGCCGACCAAAGGGCUGAUGAAGGGCAUUGCAGGUGACAUGUGGCAGUUGCAGGUCAACGUUUCUGAAGCGCGAUCCUUGGGUUUCUUACCAGCCAGCGAGCCAGAUGCAAGCAAAGCGGAGGACUUGAAAGAGAAGGCCUAUGGGACUUUGCAAUUCUUCUUGCACUCCGAUCAGUGGCGGCAAGCCAUGUUCAAGGGCAGCUACUACUUCAGUGGCAAAGGAUUUCAGAAGGUGGCCUACACCUGCCUCAUGUUGGAGAAGUAUUACGGAAGGGAGCACAGCCAUACCCAGUCCUGUGCAAAUUUGUUGCUCAGGGGCUUCCAAUGUCUCUACGCCCCGGGGCCGGCGCCGGAGUGCAACGGUGCCCCCAUCGGCCUCUACUACGACUCAGCCUGGCAUGGCGUGGCCAGCCGCGAAGGCUUCACGGACACCGGUUGCAGGACGGCGGACUUUGGCAAUGCGUGCUACAACGAUCAUCACUACCAUUUCAGUUACUUCGUGGUGUCCGCUGCAGUUUUGGUGAAGUUGAAGCCCGAGUUCGCCCAAAACACCCCGUUCGUUUCCUUUGUGGAUACCUUGAUCCGCGAUACCGCCAAUCCCAGCGUGCAGGACAGCCACUUCCCGCAGUUCCGUUCCUUCGACUGGUUCGAUCUUCACAGCUGGAGUCGUGGAGUGAUCCCAUCGGCCGAUGGCAAAGAUCAAGAGUCGACCUCUGAAGAACUGAACCUCUUGUAUGGCAUUCACUUGUGGGGCAUGGUGUUGCAGAGGGAGCCCUUGCAGGAACUGGGAAGCACCAUGCUGACCCUGUGCGCUCUGACAAUUCGGGAGUUUUUCCUGAUGACAGAUGACAACCCACACCAUCCAGAGGACUUUGUGACAAACCACGUGACAGGCAUCUUCUUCCAGAACAAGGUGGAUUACGCCACGUGGUUCGGCUGGCGAUACGACUUCAUCCAUGGCAUCCAGAUGCUUCCUGUUAGUCCCGCCCUGUUGAUGAUCAGGACCCCCGAGUUCUGCCGCCAGGAGUGGGACAACGUUCUGUCGCGGCUGCCUCUGAGUCCAACGGAUCCCUGGACGUCGUUGUUGGUCACUGGCACCCUGUCCAUCAUUGAGCCGCAAGAAGCUUACAGCAGGUUGAGUGCCAUGUUACCGGAGCACAUGGACGACGGCCUCACCUGGGCCUGGGCCCUUUAUUGGACCGCCUCCCUGGAGGCCGCCAAUGGUGGUACCGGGCCGAGUCCCAGCACCAGCCUGGCGUCCAGCACCGGGUCCACCGAAGCGCCUGAGGAGAACCUGGCCCUGUACCGCCUGGCCGUUGCGUCCUCCGAUCUCUCCGCCGACUUCGCCGCGGCGCGGGCCGUGGACGGGCUCUUCGUGACCCGCUGGAGCCCAGUCAGCACGGAGCAGAACCCGUGGAUCUCGGUGGACCUGGGAGAGGUACACGCCUUGAGCCAUGUGGUGCUGUUGUGGGGGGAAUUUUAUCCCACAAGUUAUGUGUUGCAGGGCGCCACGGAAGCUGAUGCUUGGAGCAACUUGGCCGUGGUCGCGGGCUCUUCCGAGUUGUUGCGUUCCGACUUGCCGCGGCCCAGCUUUGCACGAUGGGUGCGGGUGGUGAUCCAGGGAAGUGGCGAUCUGCGGCUUUGGGAGUUUCAGGUGUUCGAAGACACCGAGACACCUGUCACCAGCGCAAGCACCACAGCGAGCACCACAUCGACCUCCACCGUGGCGACUGUCGCGACCACCGAGGUUGGCACGACCUUGUCUGGUGUGGUCACCACCCAGCCUGAAACGACAGUGGUGACAAGCACAGUUGGUCCAUCCACAACUCCGUUCUAUGGACCUAAUCUUGCGUUCCAAAAGCCGGUGCUGUCGUCGUCCUUCCGAUCUGCCACAGAACAUGCCUACAAGGCCGUGGAUGGGGACGUGGAAUCUCAAUGGGCUUCAGUGUCUUUGAACGAUCAAUGGCUGUGGGUGGACCUUCUGGGACUCUAUGCAGUGAAUCGCGUGGUGCUGCUCUUUGGUGAUGUGCCACAGCAAUUUGUCCUUCAGAGUGCUCCGGAUGGGAUCAAGUGGAGUGAUCUGGCCACGGUGAACGGAGCCAGUGGCUUCGUGAGCACCGAAUUUCAGCCGGCCGUCUUGACGCAGUGGCUGAGGGUGGUUUGCCAAACAUCCUGCAGCAUUCGCGAGCUCACCAUCCAUGGUGACGUGCCUGGCGCAACGACGGCAACGACGGCCACCACCAGCAGCCCUCUGACGACCACCGCGGCCGUGUCGACCACGCAAGAGGUGACAGGAACUUCCACCGAAGGCACCACGAGCACAACUGGACCUGUGAACCGAGUGAACCUGGCCGAGCUGAAACCCGUCUUGGCUUCCAGCCAGCGCCUGGCCACGGAGCACGUGAGUCGCAUGGUCGACGCCUCGCUGUCGACGCAGUGGGCCUCGGCCACGGGAGAUGUGGCGCCCUGGGCCUGGGUGGACCUCUUGGGUGUCUACAAC